AUGAAAUUUUUCACAAUAGUAUACGAAAAAACGGCUAAAGUAGUUGAACGUUUUGGAAGAUACCAUAAAACCUUGCACCCUGGCUUUCAUUUUUUAAUACCAGUAAUGGACAAAAUAUCAUACAUCCAUUCUUUAAAAGAAGAGAUUAUAACAGUAGAAAACCAACAAGCAAUAACAAAGGAUAAUGUAACAGUAUUAAUAGGAGGAAGUUUAUUUAUUUAAAUAGAUGAUCCUUUUAAAGCUUCAUAUAAUAUAGAAAGGCCUUUAUAAGCAGUAAGACUUUUAGCUUUGACAGUAUUAAGAAGUGAAAUAGGUAAAAUGAAAUUAGAUACUUUGUUUUAAGAAAGAGCCGAAAUAAGUAAAUCUAUAAAUUUGGCAGUGAAUAAUGCAUCAAAUGGAUGGGGAAUAAAAUGCUUGAGAUAUGAAAUUUUAUAAAUAGAUCCACCUUAAGAAAUUAAAAAUAGUAUGUAAUUAGAAGCUGAAGCUGAGAGAUUAAAAAGAAGAGAAAUAGUGAUUUCUGAAGGAUAAUAAAUAUCUGAAAUAAACCAAGCAGAAGGACAAAAUAUUUCUUAUAUAAAAAGAGCUGAAGGAGAUGCUGAAAGUAUCGAAAUUAUAAGCAAAAAAGAGUCAGAAGCUUUAUAAUAAAUAGGAAAUUCCUAUAAAAAUGUUAAAAAUAAAAAUAGCAUUUAGUAUAUUUUAUUACAUAACUACUUAAAAAAUUAUGAAUAAACUUUAAAAACUAGCAAUGUUAUUAUAGCUCCUGAAAGUUAAAAAAACGGAAAUGGAAAUGAUCUUAUUACUGUCGCCGCUAUGCUAAUGAUGAAUAAUUAAAAUGGAGGAAAAUAAGUCAAUUAAAAUAUUCAAGAUUAUUUAGAAAAUUAUAAUAAGAAUUUUCUUAAUAAUAGAGAAAAAAGUAGUCAAUAAUAAAUAAAAGAUAAUAAUGGUGAUAAUAUUAAUUUAGAUCCUGUUGAAUAUUAAGAAUUGAUAAAAAAAAUGUAAUAUUAUGAUGAUCCUUUACUUUAUUCUUCUGAUGAUGAGAAAAAGAAAAGGAAAAGUGAAGAAGCUAAAAAUGAAAACAAAAAAGAUAAUUUAAUUAGUUAAUUUUGA